UGGUGUGUGGGCAUACCGCGCGCCUUGCCAUGAUUUCCUGUCCAAAUUAUUUACGGCCACGCACGCACAGUUCACAGACUUGUUUACAUCUCUAAAUUGCAAAUGAGGUUUUUAGAUGACCCAGAAGACGCUACACUGGCAGCUGAAUCAUAUGUAUACAGCGCCGCCAUAUUGGGCAGGGCAAUGCUGCCCUAAAACGCAAAUUAUUAAACAGUAAAAGUUUUUCUGGAUAAAAAAACCUUAACGUUACAUUUAUCAAACGAUUUCAAUGGUUUUCGAUCUAUAUGAAUUAGAAAAACUUCCUGUCUCUAUUUAUUUAUUGUAAAAGAAAUGUCAUAAGAAAUUGUGGAACCUCAUGCUUAUCAAGCAUUAAAAUCGGUUCAGAAAUCCAAAUUAGUUAGCUUUUUUGUUUUCCCCGAAAACCGCAGCUCCCUAUCGCUUGUGUUAUUUUCCUUCCCAACAUGGCGGCGCUAUUGACAGAUGGCAGCAGCACUCAUUGCGGCGUCUAUAGGAAUGUCUGUGGGGACGAUUAUACACAUUCUUCUCGCCGCAUUUAAUUAAGUGAGAUUAGGGAGUUGUAGUCUUUCAACGGUGAGAUGAAGCGGCGACCGUCACCAUAAAGACUACAAAGCCCACAAUAAUUUCCGCUCUUACGCAUGCGCGGAGCGGGUAACGGGAGCUGUCCCCGUCUGAUAGUGCUGCUCUGAUUUCAUUGAUCGGCUGUGUGAGUGGGUUUAUAGACGCGAUGGAAGAAGAACUGAAAUGCCCGGUUUGCGGUUCUCUCUUUAAGGAACCUGUUAUUUUGCCGUGCUCUCAUAAUGUUUGCCUGGCGUGUGCCCGGAAUAUCAUCGUGCAGACCCCGGAGGGAGAGACUCCUGUGCCGAACCGGAGCUCCGGCACGUCGGACUACGACUACCUGGAUAUGGAUAAGAUGAGCAUGUAUAGCGAGACAGACAGCGGAUACGGGUCAUACACCCCGUGUUUAAAGUCUCCUAACGGCGUUCGGGUGUUCCCCCCGACCCUGGUCCAUCGCCACUGCUCCAUCACCUGUCCGCUCUGUCACCGGAGCGUGUCGCUGGACGAGCGGGGGCUUCGGGGAUUCUCGCGUAACCGGCUGUUGGAGGCGAUCGUGUCCCGGUACCAGCAGAGCCGCGCCGCCUCCAUCAAGUGUCAGCUGUGCGACCGCAAUCCGGUGGACGCCACGGUGAUGUGCGAGCAGUGCGACGUGUAUUACUGCGCUCCGUGCCAGCAGCGCUGCCACCCGUCUCGCGGACCUCUAGCCAAGCACCGACUGGUGCCGCCGACUCAAGCGCAGGCGGUGAGCGCGCAGCCGGCCGCAGCCUCCGCGCGCAGACAGGCGACGUGCGUGGACCAUGAAUCGGAGAACUACAGCAUGUACUGCGUCACCUGCAAGACUCCCGUUUGUUACCAGUGUCUGGAGGAGGGCGGACAUGGCAAACACGACGUGAAGCAACUGGCCGUCAUGUGGAAACAACACAAGUGUCACCUUUCCCAGGCGUUGAACGGAGUGUCCGACAAAGCCAAGGAAGCUAAAGAGUUUCUGGUGCAACUGAAAAACCUGCUACAGCAAAUACAGGAGAAUGGGGUUGAGUUUGAGGCGUGUCUGGUGGCUCAGUGUGAUGCACUGAUUGAAGCUCUUACUCGGCAGAAGGCCAAACUGCUCACCAAGGUCACAAAGGAGAAAGAGAGCAAACUAAAGACGGUCAAGGAUCAGAUAACUCACUGCACUAUGAAGCUCCGACAGACUACAGGAAUGAUGGAAUUCUGUCUAGAGGUUAUUAAAGAGAACGAUCCCAGUGGAUUCCUACAGAUCUCAGAUGCAUUGAUAAAGCGUGUCCAAGCCUCUCAGGAUCAAUGGGUGAAAGGCGCGCUGGAGCCAAAGGUCUGCCCAGAAUUUGCCUUAAACAUCAACACAGAUCCUCUGAUGCAGUCUAUUCUUCAGCUGGACUUCACUCAGUGUAAAGCAGAGACCCCUACGGUUCCCCCGGCACCGCUGUUGCAGUUGGAAAAAUGCUGCACGCGGAACAACAGCGCCACCCUGGCCUGGAGGAUAACUACAGUUCAGGCCCUGCCUAUAGAAGGUUACGUGCUGGAGCUGGAUGACGGAAAUGGUGGACCUUACCGGGAGGUGUAUGUGGGUAAAGAGACAGUCUGUACAGUAGACGGCCUUCAUUUCAACAGUUCGUAUAAUGCUCGCGUCAAAGCGUAUAACUCCGCUGGUGUGGGAUCCUACAGUAAAGUCAUAGUUCUGAAGACAUCUGACGUGGCGUGGUUCACCUUUGACCCAACAUCAGCUCACAGAGACAUCGUCCUGUCUAAUGACAACCAGACAGUGACGUGUAACAGUUACGAUGAUCGGGUGGUGCUGGGAACGGCUGCCUUCUCCAAAGGGGUCCAUUACUGGGAACUUAUUGUGGAUCGCUAUGACAACCACCCUGACCCUGCGUUCGGCGUGGCACGUAUUAAUACGAUGAAGGACAUGAUGCUGGGAAAGGAUGACAAGGCCUGGGCCAUGUAUGUGGAUAACAAUCGCUCCUGGUUUAUGCACAACAACUCCCACACUAACAGGGCUGAAGGUGGCAUCACUAAAGGUUCAAGUGUGGGGAUUCUGUUGGACUUGACCAAACACACACUGACCUUCUUCAUUAACAAACAGCAGCAUGGACCCGUGGCGUUCGAGAACCUGGAAGGUGUGUUCAUGCCUGCGGUCAGUCUGAACCGCAACGUCCAGGUGACUUUGAUCACAGGGCUGGAAGUCCCAAAACCCAUCAUGUGAUCAUCUAUGACCUGACAAAAUGAACGAGACCAUUCGUAUCAAAUAGCACAGUGAACGCUCUCCAUCGCAGAGCUCAUAUAUAAAUCAGAUACAAAUUUGGUGGGAUAAAUGAUCAGACUUUUAAAGAAUAUUUAAUCUGUAUCUCUCGUGGUCGUGUCAGUGAUUUGCAUUUUAGUGUUUGCAAAUCAUUUCCAUGUUUACAGACAAACAAGCCGCAGGCAAUAUUCCCACCGGCGGCUGAAGCUGAAACCAGACCCCAGAGCACAAACACUUUCUAGUUUUAAAAGUUCAGCCUGAAACCUUUCACAUACCUCAAACAGAAUGUAACUUUAAAGAUUUACUCAGUUUCAAAAAAUGCAAUUGAAGUAUUAAAACUAAUAUAGCAUUAAAUGUGUUAGCAGGGGGAUACAGAUUUGGUGGGAUAAAUAUCAUGACUUGUAUGGAUUAUUAGAUCUCUCGUGGUCUUGUCAGUGUUUUGCAUUUCAGUGUUUACAGCUCAUUCCCAUGUUUACAGACAAACACUUUAAAUGAAUAAAAUCAAGGCAUUAAAAAAUGUCAGCAAGUGAGAUAAAAUAACAAACAACUGAAAAUGUUUUAGGUUAACUGCUUGCCAUAAAGUCUCAGGUUAAUGUGCUCACAGAUUUGGCAUACAAAAUCAUCACAUCACUGGGCUGCUGGGGUUUAAGAAGAGCUGGAUAAACCAAAGCCCCUGUUUUAUAUUGACAGUGGUGAUGUUUACAGUCUCUUAUUUCACAAAUCUGCAAAUUCUCAUCUUUUUAAUAGACUGCGAGCUUUCUAGCAUCAUAGGAAAUGUGUGAUAGCUGUUGCUCUAUUUUAAAUAGGAAUACAAGAUUUAUACAUAAAGAAAUUGUGAGUGAUGCUUGCCGGUAUAAAACACCACAAAAUGCCUGUUUGCUAUGCAGAUGCAGUGUUCAGGGAGGUUGCUAUAGGUGUUUGUUUCUUGGGUUAAGCCAUAUAAUAAAAAUAGCUUAACCCGAGAGUUUGGGUUGCAGUCUCUAUUAUCCACCAGGUGAGUCUGAUAAAUUGCAGAAUUUGCGGUAUCAUUUGUGUUUGAGACUGAAACAGUGUAGUAUUAGUUAUGCAAGUUUGUUAUGUGGGGUUUGUUUAAAUCCCUAAUCUGUAAGUUCCUGUGAACAGGAAGUCAUGAAUGACUUCUGAAAGAUAGUGGGCAUGGCUUUUGUUUUUUCUAUGUGAAUUUAUUGGAUAUAGAAAGGUAAGGAUUUUAUUCAGAAAUGUAAAUUGCAGUAUGCUGACAGUUAGAGGGGGGCGGGGUUUACGGAUGCUCCGCCCAAGUCGUCUAGCUUACAUCAUCAGAGAAGAUGUUGAUUUUUUUAAAGAUUUUGAUUUAAGUUUAUGAGGGCACAUGAAUCUUUAAAAAAAAAAGUGAACCUCAAGGAUACAUUGUAAUAAUCGACACUACAAUAUUUCAUAAAAAAAUAACAAUAGUCAGUUUUGAUGUCAAGGGGACUUUAAGUAUGGGCAUUAAAGAGCACCUAUUAUCUGAUUCACGAUUUUGAAUUUCCUUUAGUGUGUAAAUGUGUAUUAGUACAUGUUAAUGAUAUGCAAAAGGUACAAAUCCCAAAGUAAACGAUGAUGUGAGUUAUCAUAUCUUUUCUUGGACUACAACAAACACACGGAUUGUAGGCAAAAGUUUACUUCCUGGAAUUGUUAAUUUUGUGCUGUGCAGAGUAGCGCUUGUUGUUACUACGAUCACAAAUGCAGACAUGGUUUUAAUGUCUUAGUAAGUUUUACCUUACCAGUCUGUUACGUUCUGCUCAAGCUGCGCUGGUAAAGUUGAUCGAUCAGCUUGGUCAUCUGCAUUUUCUGGAUCAGAUUUGGCUCGUAUUGAUGAGGUAGUAAAGACGAUAUUAACACCUGAUAGUAUUGCAUUGUGAGCUAAUCUUCAAAACAUGGUAAGGAGCGUCACAUUUCUGUCUGACGUCAGAAGUAUUCAGGCCAAUCAUAACGUACAGAUUAGCUGACCAAUCGGAGGACACAGUGCUUUUCAGAACGAUGAGCUUUGUACAAAAUCAACGUGUUUAGGGGAGGCAGGGCAUAGAGGAGCAACAAUAAUGUAUGUUAUGUGUUUUUUUUUUUACCAUAAACUCCGCAGACACAUUGUAUUACACCAAAUAACAUUGUUUUUUGCAACAUUAUAGCUGCUCUUUAAUAAUAGCAUGUUGAGCCCCUUUAAUAAGGCAGAUUUAACAGCCAAACAGUCACUGUAUCACCAAAGUAUGAUGGUUGCUGAUGGAAUUAAAGAGAGGGUCGAUUGUACUCCCAUCAUUUUUUAGUACAUUCGUUCUUGGUGCUUUAUAUGGGAUUGUAUGAGUUAUGAAUAUUUAGUCAGAAGCUAACAAUGAAAUCUCUUUACACUGUGAUAGAUGUUUCUCUAAUAAUUCUCAAAACUGAAGUGUGGCAUUAUUUUAUGACAAAAUACUUUGUGACAUAACUAGUACAUUAGUUCAUAACUCAAAGGCAUACAUUACUAUUUUUGUUUAAACAUUUUUGACUUUCAACUUUGGGGUAGACUGUACGUUUGUUUGACCGAUUUUUUUGCAAACACAUUUUACAGCAGUAGUGUCAUUCCUAAAAUGAUGGACUUGAGUUUCAUGCAUCUCACCAAAAAUGGAAACGCUACGUUGAAUUAAAGACAAUUUGUCAGUAUUUCUUUUUAAGCUUAUGAUGUCAGAAUACAGUCAUACGAUGAAGGAUGUGUUUGCAUGUUGUAAAUAUGGUCAAAGCAGUGAGUUACACAUAUAUGUCAUUGAAUUUUUGUUACACACAGUUGAAGUCUGCCCUCUUGUGUUAGUUGUGUAGAUAUACUGCUACAAGUUGGAUCCCCAAAUCUCCAUCAAAUAGGUCUUAUUGCUAUAAACGGACACUUGUAUCAUAUUAAGCGUUUACUAUGAAGAGCCACACUGGGACCAUGCAAUAAGAGAUCAAAGCCUUUAUUCAGUUUAUACCUCUGUUUAUUUCAGGGAGACCUGAGAGAAGAUGAUUUAUUUAGAUGUAUUAUUUUAUCCAGAUUUUAUUUCACACUUUAGAGACUUGAGCAGAUAACUGAUGUAGAGCAUGGGAUGUUGUUAAUAAUUGUAAUGCAUUUCUAUGAAGAGUUUGUUUUAUGUAAAUAGCUUUAUUAUCUGAUGCUUUUUCUGGGCAGCGAGAACAUUAACAGUCAGGAAUUUUAAAAUAAAUGGAGAAAGUUCCUCCAUUUUAAGUGGAUUGUGAAUUGAGUUCAGUACUGCAGAAAAUAACUCCUCCUUUUUAAGGCAAACAUUGUAGUCACACAGUAAACAUUAAAAUACGCAAAGUUUCUAAACUGGAUGAUUAAACCAUGUACAGAAUACUAGUGAGAGUGCUUACUAAACUGUCAAGAAAUUGUCUGCUUAUGUAAAGUAAAGUAACCUUUGCACAAUACAGGCAAUGCUACCAGAAAAUUGUGAUGCAAGGUGUUUUUACAAAACCAUCAGCUCAGCCUUUCAGCUCUGCAGGAUUGCUUUGUUUUAUUUUAACUAAGAGAAGUCAUGUCAAAAUGAUGAAGUCAAAUGAUUUGUGGUAAUUGAACAUAGAGCACAGCAGGGAUGACAUAUUUUUAUGGGCAAAACCAAGACGCGAGUUAGCAUUUUAGCACUUCCGGUUCCAUCAUCAUGUAGUUAAUGUUUUUUUUUUUUUGAUGGAGUUUUGGUUAAAGUGCAUGUUAAAAAGCGGUUGCUAACAUGUUGCUACAAUGGACUAAAAUGUCACCGGUCAAACGGCAAUCGAAGAAUUUUAUGCACAUUUGGUGCUUGGCGAAUGUUCAUUUUAGGCCUUGGUUAGAGGUUUUGUCCCAUUUGAUUGAAGGUUUUGAGUAAAACAUUUAAAGGUCAUUUAAAGGUGCCAUAGAAUGUAAAACUGCAUUUACCUAUGAAUAAUAAGAGUUGUAUACAUGGUAAUGAUGCCUCAAACAAUAUUGUUUCCUCCUAAUGUAAAGCUUGUGCAUGCAAAAGACCGCAGGAAAACAGGCCAAUCUCAACGUAACAAAGACUGUGAUGUUACAGUCGAGAUGUACAACAUUAAAUUACACAUUAAAUUAAUUACAAAGUUGUUACAAUGCUAAAAACAAAGUUGUGACUGCUGAGUUAGCGCUAUAUGCUAACGUUAAAGCUGAAGUUCUACUAAUGACGUUACAGUCACGUUUUGCAAGUCCAAACUGAAAUAAACACAAACUUUUCACUCAGAAACAUCCAUUAACAAUCUCACAAUAAUUGAUUAUUCAUCAAAAUGUGUUUCUUCAUCUGAUACAGACCCAAACAUAAGAUCUGUUUACACACACAUACACAGAGCUACUGAACAGAACUGCUCUGAGAAACAGCCAAUCAGAGCAGAGCUCAACAUUAUUAUUCAUGACACUUUUUAAAUAAGGUAAUAUUAGACCAUUUCAAUCUGGAGGCAAAUCCUAAGGUUGUUAAUUGAUGUAAAACCGUCUCUGGAUAAUUGUUGCACUUAAUAAAGCCACAUACCUUCUAUGUAGAUAUCAGAGAAUAAUUUAACAGAUUAUUACAGUGCAUUCUUUGGCACCUUUAAACUGGAAAAAAAGAUCAAAAAAACAAAGCAACAUGGGCACAAUUCCCAACAAAGAUUCAUCCACAGUAUUAGGAGUAUUUCCUAAUAAAGGAACAUGUUUUAAAUUAUGUUUUUUAAAAUAUGUGGUGGCGUUGAUGUUGAGAGCCUAAGGUUAGCCUUUAUUUCCUUUUAAACACAUUUAAACUUCAAAAUUCAUAAAAGUUGUGUUCAUCUGUGAAGAUUAUCUUGUUGGACAAAACGUGUAAGUGUCAUAAACUUUUGUUAAACACACAGCUUAGUUUUUGCAAUAAUCAAAAGUCUAUGGGAAAAAAAUGAAUGUGCUUUUAAGACGACCAGUGCCCCACUUACUUCUGGGUUGGCUUACAAAAACAUGUCAUCCCUGCAGUAACCUGAAACAUAUUGUUUUUAUAUUCAGUACUGAUGGUGUGGGUGAUGCCUGCCAAAACUGCCCUCGGCCCAUGACUUCUGAAUUAAAAAAAUUUACAAAGUUUAUUUUAAUUCUUUUUAUUAAAUUAUAUUUUAAAAUGUAUGUUAAUGUAGCUAAAAGAAACACUGGUUAUUUACUCAGUAUGGAGCAGAUUAAAGACUUUUAAAGCAUUUUAAAUCUAAAUAUGAAAAGUUGUGAUAAUUGCAGUUUCAUUGAAGCCCCACCAAACCUUAUUUCAGGCACUUUGUGGACUUUAAAACAAUGUCAAAUCUGAUUGUUUUGUAUUAAAAUUAAC